UAAUAUAAACUGAAACUCAUUCAUUUUAAUUAAAUUAAACAUUAAAUUGUGAUAACCAUGUUUUAAUCUUAUAAUUAGUUGUAUUAUCUAUGUUUAACAUUUAAGAAGCAACAUCUAAACAAAUGGAAUAUGAUAAUGAUGAUAACUCAUGGAGAAGACCGUCCACCACUCAGCAGAAUAAAUGUCAUCGGAUUCCAAAGAGGUCGACCACAACUGCAGUAGUAGUGCUGGGCUUGGCGGUACUGAGCUGUCUCCUUGGAUACUGCGUUUUGAGCGAAACAUUACCUUAUGAAUCUAAAACUCUUCGUUUGGUUAUUAUCUUGUUUCGUCAUGGUGCCCGAACUCCGGUUUCAACAUAUAGAAGUGAUCCCUACAGGAACUACCAGUGGCCCGAUGGAUAUGGUAGUCUUACAAAUGUGGGAAAGAUGCAAUUGUACGAAUUAGGAAAGAAAUACCGCAGCUAUUAUGCCAACUACGUACCCGAGGACUAUUAUGAGAAAAACGUGUACGUACAGAGCAGCGACAAGUCUCGUUGCAUGAUGAGUGCGUACACGUUCCUGGCGGGACUAUUCCCUCCGUCGCAACGGCAAACUUGGCAUGCGGAGUUGCCAUGGCAACCAAUACCGGUCCACUCACUGCCUCGACUUCUUGACAAUAUAGUGGCAGGCACGAAGCCUUGUGCGAAAUGGAAAGCCAUGUACGCGGAGCAGCUAGCUGAGAAAAAUUCCGAUCCGAAAUUCAAUGAGGUAUUCGAGAAUUUAUCGAAAUACACGAACCAGACGGUCCGCAGUGUUAUCGACGUCGACUACUUGUACAGCACCUUGGCCACGGAACAGGAAGCUGGCCUCAAACUUCCGGAAUGGACAAAAAAUUUGUUUCCUCACAAAAUGAGACUACCCUUCAUGCUGAGUUUAGCUUUGCUUUCUUACAACGAGUCCAUGCAACGGCUUCAAAUAGGUCCGAUGCUCAACGAGAUCCGUGAGAACAUGAACAAUACGUUUAAUCCAAGCUCUGGGUCGGAACGGUUGCUGCUGAUGUACUCGGGGCACGACGUGACCGUGGUCGCCCUGUGGAGGGCGCUCGGCUUCGGCGAGCUGCUGGAGCCGGAGUACGGAGCCAGCCUCGUACUCGAACUACACGAGGACAUCGAACAGAAUCUCUUCUUCGUUAAGGCUUUCUAUCGUAACAAUACUAAAACAGAGAUGCCGAUGGAGCUCAAGCUGCCAUUCUGCGAAGAUCCAUGUAGUUAUAAACAAUUUUACGACCACAUAAGCAACCUGAUUCCUGAUGAUUGGGAAACUGAGUGUGAGAAUAAUGUUCAAGGUGCAUAAAUAACAAUAGAUCUAAUUUACACAUGCAAGGAUUAACAUUGUUUAAUCAUAUCCAAAGGUGAAAGGCUAUUUCCGUUGCGAGAUAUUUUUGCAACUUUACAGGAGAGUCAUUUCAAAUUUAAAAUUUGGAAAAUAUAUCAUGACAAUAAACUUCUUCAGAUAUUCGAAUGUGGUCAACAUAAUUGAAGUUCAAUUGAAUACAUCGGAUUGUUAUACAAAAUAAAACGGACCUUUAAUUACAAAGAUAAACAUCGCGUAUUAACGAAAUGUCGCUUUAACCAAAUAGCUUUUCGCCCCUUUAUAUUAUGUAGCUAGAACUGAGUUACAAUGUUAUUCCAUGCACCUGUCGAAAUAUAAGCUGGAGAAAAUACAAAACACAUAUAUCUUAUGUUUUGCUUCUAUGUGCCAUUUGAAUCUCAUUCAAGAAUUAUGAUAAAUAUAAUAAAUUUACAUAAAAAAAUCUACGUCCUUAAUCAAUUAAUAAUUUAUUGCCAAUUAUUGUUGGUAUUUACCAAGAAAAUAAAAAAAAAAAAAUGUUUUUAUGUAUAUCUUUUUAUUCAUAAGACCGCUUAGUGUUUCAUACUAACCCCUUUGAUCACAAAUAAAAUAACUUAUAGUUAUUAUAAAACGUGACUUCCUCAUAAACAAACGUCCAAUAAAAAAUUGCCUAAAACAACAUCGUGAUACAGGUAAAUAGGUUUUGCUUUGCAAACCUGUAUUUUUACCCAGUGAAGUGCCAGCAUCGAAACUCUUACUAAGAAGCCAAAUAUAUGCCAAAAUGAGAGCUGAAUGUCUGAAACAAUUCAGGAACUCAGUUUUAACACCACAAUAUACUCGUACUAUAUUUUUACUAUUAUAAUUUUUUCUUCUUCGUAUCUAAUAAAUAUGUUAUAUUUUUAUGUUGUGUAUAAAUGUGUA